AUGGCUUCCUGCGACGUAUGCAAGAACCUCUGGCCUGGAGACCCAGAGGAAUUCCUGAAAGGCAGACAUGGUUACUUCUCCUUCACUUUCGGCGAAGUCAAGCACUCCGCUCGAAAGGGUGAUUGCGCUGAAUGUCGGCUCCUGCACCAGGCUUUGGAGUGUCACAUACUGUUGAUUUCUCAGGUAGAUGAAACUCUCAAAAUCCAUGUUGCAGUCGAAAUGAGCUGUAAUCCGACUUUGGAGUUUGGUGAGCAACGACGUCCAGGAUGGCAGAGAUUCGAGCUGUACAGGGCGCUAGACGAGAAUACCGAGGGAGCCUCGUCUGCACCAACAACCAUACGAGCUGCUCCGGUGGCCGCAUCCCAUUCAGGCUCAUCACAAUGUCUUGACCGUGCUGCGAGAUGGCUGGCCGAUUGCGGAGCGUAUCAUACUCCCUGUUCCGACGACACAGCACGGCCCUUGCCAACGAGAGUUAUCGAGAUCUCCCAAGAGGCAGAUGGUCGUCAAUUGAAAUUAAGGCUAGUCGAUGGGCAAGCACGGACAUUGCCUUACAUGGCGCUGUCUUAUUGCUGGGGAGCGCCGGCCCUGCAUCGCGCCGCCACGACUACCACGGCGAACGUCGAGAGGCAUCAAUCGUCGUUAAACCUAGCAAGUCUACCAGCGACUAUCAGAGAUGCGAUAUCCCUGGCGAACAGCUUGGAUUUCUCUUACGUCUGGAUCGACUCUCUUUGCAUCAUUCAAGACGAUCAAGAAGACUGGGCUCGCGAAGCUGGCAUGAUGAGCCAGGUAUACAAUAACGCAGCGUUGACGUUAAUUGCCAGUCGAGCAGCCGGGUCUUCAGAUGGACUGUUUGGGCAGCAGACCUUUAGCGAUACUAUUGGAGAAGUGCCUUACAAAGGGACCAUGGUACACGUGAGGCACGGCGUCCGACACAGGCACGGCGUCCGACACAUCCGUUGGGCAGGGGACGACCGCGAGCCUAUCACCAAGCGAUCCUGGGCCUUACAGGAAGCUGUGUUGUCAAGGCGAGCGCUCUACUAUACAUCGCAAGGACUUGUAUGGUCCUGCAACGAACGGCAGGACUGCGAGUCUAGAAUGAGGACUCGCCCUUGGGAACCAUACGGCCCCAAUGAGCUCCGCAGCCUUUGUAUUAGAGAGAAGUUCGCCAGCUUGGGCCCAGACGGCGCGUACGACAAAUGGCACCACAUAAUCGAGGCCUACUCCGGACGCGAACUCACAUUUGACAAAGACAGACUCACGGCACUCUCUGGCUUGGCCAGACAGUUCGCCGCAGCGUUGGAGGACUGCUUCGGGCUGACUGACACGUAUGUUGCUGGCAUGUGGCGAAGCCGUUUAGAGGCGUCCUUGCUCUGGACUGUUGAGAGAUCCGGCAGCAGGCGACUCAAGGGCUGGCAGGUGCCGACCUGGAGCUGGGCCAGCGUAAAGGCACCCGCUUGGUUUGUGAGGAGUCACGGAGAGUGCAUUCGAGUGCUCCAAUGCUCUAUCACCCCACAAGACCCAGAUUUGUACGGUCAAAUUCUCUCCGCUCAGCUUACGCUGAAGGGGCGUGUGUUACACCUGAUCAACAUAGAAGCAGCUUACCCUGAGUUCUCGUCUACCUGGAGGCAAAACCCAUAUCUUCUCAAAUUCCAGCACCUACGCCUGUGCCAUUUCUUGCCCGACGUCAAGUAUGAUGUCGGCCAUGAACCGAAGAGUGUGACAGCUCUGAUCCUCGAGGUCCCAACUAGAUCCGAACGUCAUUGCCUCAUGGUCCUGACAACAGUUGGAGAGCUUGGGAGCCCGCCGAAUGCACGUCUAGGUAUCGCUUUCUGCAGCCCAAGGGAAGUGUCAAAAACGGGAGAUUGGCCCGCAGUCAAGGACUGGCUUGCGACAGCCAUUGAAGAAGAGCUCGAAAUAGUCUGA